AUGGUUCGUCUCAGUAUUCUCUCUGGUCUGGCUUCAGGCCUCUGUGCUUUAGCCAACCCACUCGUCAAGCGUGCAUCGCUGCAGCAGAUCACCAACUCGGGUAUCUCCAACCCUACAAAUGUCGGCUUUUACAUGUAUGUACCGGACAAGCUUGCAUCAAGCCCUGGCAUCAUAGUCGCCAUCCAUUACUGCACGGGGACUGCCCAGGCAUACUACUCCGGAUCCCCGUACGCCACGCUCGCAGAGCAGUACGGAUUCAUCGUAAUCUACCCAAGUAGUCCACAUAGCGGAACUUGCUGGGAUGUCAGCUCUAAGGCAACUCUUACUCAUAAUGGCGGUGGAGACAGCAACGCAAUUGCCAACAUGGUGACGUGGACUAUGUCAAAGUACAAGGCCGACUCCAGCAAAGUUUUCGUCACUGGAAGUUCGUCAGGAGCCAUGAUGACCAAUGUCAUGGCCGCUACAUAUCCGGAUAUUUUCAAGGCUGGUAUUGCCUACUCUGGUGUCCCUGCUGGAUGCUUUGUUUCUUCUAGCGGUGGAGUAGAUGCAUGGAAUAGCACCUGCGCUCAAGGAAACUCCGUUGCCACCCCUCAGGCGUGGGCAAAUGUAGUCACUAACAUGUACGCUGGGUAUACCGGCGCUCGUCCAAAGAUGCAAAUCUACCACGGAACAGCCGAUGCCACACUCUACCCCAACAACUAUAACGAAACCAUUAAAGAGUGGUGUGGUGUCUUUGGCUAUGACUACACAAACCCCACAUCGACGGAAAAGAACACUCCUCUAACCAACUACUACCGAUAUAGUUUUGGACCUCAGCUUCAAGGUAUCUAUGCUGUUGGCGUUGGGCAUACUGUUCCAAUCCAAGGCACUGAGGAUAUGAAAUUCUUUGGCUUCUCAGGCUCUUCUUCAUCCUCCUCAAGCAUUACACCUGCUACCUCCACUCUACUAACGAAGGUCGCGACUAGCGCUGCCUCCACGCCAACUGCCAGCACUGGAGGUUCGACCGGAGGAACUGUGGCUCAUUGGGGACAGUGCGGUGGUGCUGGAUGGACGGGGUCGACGACAUGCGUGGCUGGAUAUACGUGCACGAAGGCGAACGAUUACUACUCGCAAUGCUUGUAA